AUGCGUCCUAUCACUCUGUAUUCAGCUCCGGGUGGGCCAAAUCCUUUCAAGGUAGUCAUCAUCUGCGAGGAGCUGGGAAUCCCCUAUGAUUUGAAAGUCGUCGGCUACGGGGCUCUCAAGGAAAAACCGUUUACAGACUUGAAUCCUAAUGGUCGUUGCCCGGCCAUCGAGGACCCCAACACGGGAAUUGUGCUCUGGGAGUCUGGUGCCAUCAUUACGUACUUAGUCGAGCAGUAUGAUACCGAGAAGAAGCUUCACUAUGAUAGCUUCCCAGAGAAGCAUUUCCUAAACCAGUGGAUGUGUUUCCAGAUAUCUGGACAGGGUCCCUAUUUCGGGCAGGCGGCAUGGUUUAACCUCUUCCAUCCGGAGAAGUUGCCAUCGGCACAACAGCGAUACAUGGAUGAGGUGCAUCGUGUGGUUGGAGUCUUGGAUGGGGCUCUGGCCUCGGGCCCCUCGGGAUGGCUGGUAGGGGAGAAGUGCACCUAUGCUGAUCUUAUUUUUGUCAUGUGGCACGAGCAGAUAGCCAGAAUCUUCGCGGCAUUCCAAGACAAAUGGGACAUUGAGAAGUAUCCCGAAUACAAAAGGUGGAUUGAAAGCAUGAAAAACAGGCAGUCUAUUAAGAAAGCGGUGGAAAUGCAGCAGAAGAUCCUUGCGGAUGCAACUAAGUGA